UUCUUGAGGUUUAUGGCAAGGAGGGCCGCAAGGCUAUUCCCGGGCCAUGGCGCGCGGAGAAUGUCCACCUCCACGCUCGCGUUCGAGGAGAUGGAAGACAAUGCAGCGCAUUCCAAGGAGAAAACGGUGAUGUUCCUGCACGGGUUGCUAGGGUCUGCCAGGAACUGGCGGGGAUUCGCCAAGCGGCUCCAGUCUGCGAUCGAUCCAGCUUGGAGAAUUGUGAUGGUUGAUCUUAGAAAUCAUGGCCAGUCCGGCGAGCUGGAACUAUCGCCCCCUCACGACAUCCCUGCGGCAGCCAGGGACGUGGCAGAUCUCAUCAGAGCUCGUCCGGAGCUCUAUCCCGACGUGCUGGUUGGGCAUUCCAUGGGAGGGAAAGUAACGCUAGAAUUUGCCAAGUCCUCCAUGGAGAGAAAGUAUGGAAGCAUGACCGUGCCUAGACAAUUAUGGGUUCUUGAUUCUGUCGUUGGCGAAGUCCCAAUAAAAAACGAAGAAGGCGAGGUGGAAAGCGUGUUGGAAACCAUCAGAACUUUGCCUCAAGUCAUACCAUCACGCAGAUGGCUUGUGGAGCGGAUGCAAGAGCUAGGAUUCUCGAAAGGCCUCGCCAAUUGGCUGGGCAGUAACUUAAAAGCAAUAUCACCCGGCAGCGAGGAGUCAAAAUGGGUAUUUAACUUCGACGGCGCGUACUCGAUGUUCACGUCUUACAGGAAAAUGGAUUACUGGUCUCUCCUGGAAAAUCCCCCAGCUGGGAGUGAUAUUGGCAUCGUCAGGGCGGGCAGGAGCGAUCGAUGGACUCCUGAGAUCAUUGCUCGUCUGGAAGAACUCUCGAGAGCGGCUCCAGACGAUGGUAGAAGGGGCAGUGUUACGUAUCGUGUAUUGGAGAAUGCUGGUCACUGGGUCCAUGCCGAUAAUCCUGAAGGCUUAUUGGAGCUUCUGCUACCAUCUUUCCAGUCCUGAGGAUAAUCAAAAACAAAAUUUUCUAUCUUCCUUGGCCGGCAUGAUCAAAGGAAGAAAGUUGCUUGCUCACGAUGCAGUGUUUCUCAAGAGCAUCGAAGCGCUAGACACAGCCCUUGGCCUUCAGUUCUUCGUCAUACUCUUCUUCCUCCUCCUCCCGACGCGCCAUCUCCUCUUCGUGAAUCUCAGGCGUCCUACGAGCAAAACAAAGCACGAGCUUUCGAUCGACCACACCGACUGGAAAGAGCGGUUGCUUUCUUAGCAGGCUUCACUGGCUCCUCGUCAUCUAUAACUUCUUCCUCCGCGUCGUCAACUUUUUGCUUGCUUACCAGUCGUCACCUUUUUUGCUUUUUCUCUCUUUUUAUCAUCAACUAUAGCUUUAACUUCUUUCUAGCUUGGUUGGCUGAAUUAUUACUGGAUUAGCUUA